AUGGCUAUCUCCCCCCAUAAUGACCCCCUUGCUGGGGAAGACAAUGAGGAUACAAUGCCUUUGGGCAAUGAAACCUCUGACAAUGAAAAAAUCGAAGCCUCUGGAGACUCAGAAAGAAUUGGCUCAGCCCAUGUGAUAGGACUUGCCAUUGGAGCUGCCCUUAAGGACUCCAAGCAAGGUGGCCCUCCAAAAGCUUGCAUUAAUUGCAAACAGCCAGGACAUUUCUCUAGGGAGUGCAAAGCCCCCAAGAACCUUGACAGGGCCAUUGACAAGGACAUCGAACAGCUAGAGAUUGGCAUCAGAGAAAAAUCCUUCAUCUGUUUAUCCUUCAGCAAAGGGGUCUGUGCCGCCCUCAAGGAGGAAUGCUGUUUUUAUACUGACCACACCAGGCUAGUUAGAGAUAGUGUGGCCAAGAUCAGAAAGAAUGGUGAAAGAAACAGUGAGAACAAGAAAAACUGGUUUUCUGCUUCUCCUUGGCUUACCACCCUUAUCCCCCUCUAUCCUGGGUCCAGUGGUCAGUCCUGUUCGGCUUUCAGGCUUUCAGCCCUUGGGCCUUUAACAGACUCAUUGGCUUUAUCAGUUUCAGAUUAUGGGAGGUACACUGGCAAACGUAUUACUCACCCCCCAAUUGCUGUUCACUGUUUAAAAGAAGUGGAAAUGAGCUACGGAAUGGAUAAGUGUCAGAUUGCACUGAAUAUGCUGGAAGAGAACAGAUUCUAUGAUUCUGGACUAGGAAGAGACAAAUUUAAGCACGAUAUGCAAACUCUCUUGCUUACAAGACAACGCAAGGAGCAUGGAGCUGAAACAGACACACUGUUUUCCCCAUUCAUUGAAGAAUUGCAGAAUGAGCAAACCGAAAAGGUCUUGACUGCAGGAAGUGAUCGAUUCCCACAAAGUGCAUUCAUUUGUCAAGCUUUAGCAAGACACUUCUAUUUUAAAGAGAAGAAGUUUAGCACUGCUCUGUUCUGGGCAAAUCUGGCCAAAAAGAAAGCACCUAAGAAUUCCUAUAUUUCAGAUACACUUGGUCAAGUUUACAAAAGUGAGAUCAGACAGUGGUUGGGUAAAAAUAACACAUGCAGAUGUAUUAGUGUGGAUGAUUUCCUAGACAUUGCUGAAAAGGCUUCAAAAGCCUUCAAAGAGUCUCAGGAACAGACUGAUAGUAAAGACUAUGAAACCGAGGUCUGGUCACCACAGAAGUCCCAAAGAAGAUAUGACACAUACAAUACAGCCGGCUUCUUUGGGGAAAUAGAAGUAGGUCUUGACACUAUCCAGCUUCUUCAGCUAACAUCCCUUUUCCAUAAAGAAAAUGAAAUGUCAAAAGAAUCUAUGGCACAGUUUUUAUCUGGAAAGGGGACCAUCCCUGCAGACUUGAAAGAUGAAUAUUGUGUUGUUAUCAGCAACUUUAUAUCCCUCUUACAGAAUUUACAGUCAGAUUUGAAAAAAUGCUUUGAGUUUUUGGGGAAUUAUAUGGGUCUCCUGAAACCAAGGAACCCUUCAAAAGAAUUGACAGAACUCUUAGUAAUUAAGAAAGUCAGCCACUGUUUCAAGAAAUAUGCAGAACUUUUCUGCCAUGUGGAUACCAACUUGUUACAGGGCAAAGAAGAUCUGUUACUCCAAGAGGAGAAGUGUAGGAAUCAGAUAAAAGCUUGGCGAGCAGAUACAUUUUCAGGACUCCUCGAAUAUCUUAACCCAAACCACAAAGAAGCUAACAAUAUGGAAAAUAUAGUGAAAUACUACACCUCCUUAUUACAGCGCACCCUGAAUAAUCAAGUGUCAAAGGCACUCACAAAGGACACACAAAAUUUCAUUUUGGCUAAUAUUAUUCUCAGUUGUCUGAAACCCAGUUCCAAGUACAUCCUGCCAUUUACCACACUGAAAACAAAGCUCAGGGAGGUCCUGCAGAUUGUGGGACUAACUCAUUCAUAUCCAGAUCCUUAUUUCCUGGCCUGCCUCCUAUUUUGGCCAGAAAACAAAGAGCUCGAUCAAGAUUCCACACUAAUAGAAAAGUAUGUCUCAUCCUUGAAUCGAUCAUUCAGGAGACAGUACAAGCACAUGUGCAGGUCCAGGCAGCCAAGCACGCUCUUCUACCUGGGGAAGAGAAAGGGUCUUAACAGUCUUGUUCACAAGGCUGAAAUUGAGCGCUACCUCAGUGAAGUACAAGAUUCAAAUUCCUUCUGGCAGAGUGGAGUAGUGUGGGAAAAAGGAGAGGUCAAAGGCCUCCUACGCCUGCUGGAUGGCCAGGCUGAAGGCAAACUAAUCUCACUAGAAUAUGGAACAGAGGCAAAAAUAAAAAUACCAGUGACUUCUGUGUAUUCAGCUCCACUCCGAAGUGGAAGGAACAUAGAGAGAGUGUCCUUCUACCUAGGAUUUUCCAUUGAGGGUCCUCUGGCAUAUGGCAUAAAAGUAAUCUAAGGAGGUAUAUUAGUUCAACAGUGUUAAUUUGCAUCUACCAUUGUACUUCAUUUUUCUAGCCUAUAGAAUUUGCAUGGCAUUUU